GACGGAGUAUCUCAUGCAAAACUUUGUGCUGCAAAUGUGCAGCAUUGAGGUGCAGUGCAGCUCCAUCACCAGCACCAAAUCUGGGGUUUGCAUUGCAGCAGGCAUUGCACACUGCUGGAGCAUCCCAUGCAAACCUCUGUGCUGCAAAGGUGCAGUUUUGGGGUGCAUUACAGCUUCAACCCCAGCACCAAGUCUGGGGGCUUGCAUUGCAGCAGGUGUUGCACACAGAUGGAGCAUCCUGUGCAAACUCAACGUGCUGCAAAGCUGUGACAUUUAGGUGCCCUACAGCUUCAACCCCAGCACCAAAUCUGGGGGCUUUGCAUUGCAGCAAGUGUUGCAUACAGAUGGAGCACCCCGUGCAAACCUCUGUGUUGCAAAGGUGCAGUUUGGGGUGCACUGCAGCUCCAUCCACAGAACAAAAUCUGGGGUUUGCAUUGCAGCUGGCAUUACAGAUGGAGCACCCCAUGCAAACCUCUGUGCUGCAAAGGUGCAGCACUGGGGUGCACUGCAGCUCCAUCCCCAGCACCAAAUCUGGGGUUUGCAUUGAGCAGGCAUUGCUUACAGAUGGAGCACCCCGUGCAAACUCACUGUGCUGCAAAGUCGUGAUAUUGAGGUGCACUACAGCUUCAAUCCCAGCACCAAAUCUGGGGGCCUUGCAUUGCAGCAGGUGUUGCACAAAGAUGGAGCAUCCUGUGCAAACUCAAUGUGUUGCAAAGGUGCAGUUUUGGGGUGCACUGCAGUUCCAUCCACAGAACAAAAUAUGGGGUUUGCAUUGCAGCUGGCAUUGCACACUGCUGGAGCAUCCCAUGCAAACUCACUGUGCAGAAAAGUCGUGACACUGAGGUGCACUACAGCUUCAACCCCAGCACCAAAUCCGGGGUUUGCAUUGCAGCUGGCAUUGCACACUGCUGGAGCACCCCAUGCAAACCUCUGUGCUGCAAAGUAGGGACACUGAGGUGCACUACAGCUUCAACCCCAGCACCAAAGUUGGGGGCUUUGCAUUGCAGCAGGUGUUGCACACAGAUGGAGCACCCCGUGCAAACCUCUGUGUUGCAAAGGUGCAGUUUUGGGGUGCACUGCAGUUCCAUCUCCAGCACCAAAUCUGGGGUUUGCACUGCAGCUGGCAUUGCACACUGCUGGAGCACCCCGUGCAAACCUCUGUGGUGUGAAGGAGCAGCUUUGGGGUGCACUGCAGCUCCAUCCCCAGCACCAAAUCUGGGGUUUGCAUUGAGCAGGCAUUGCACACUGCUGGAGCAACCUCUGUGCUGCAAAGGUGCAGAUAUGGGGUGCACAACAGCUCCACCCCCAGCACCAAAUCUGGGGGCUUUGCAUUGCAGCUGGCAUUGCACACUGCUGGAGCAUCCCAUGCAAACCUCCGUGCUGCAAAGAGGUGCAGCUUUGGGGUUCCCCAUGGGGCAGCUCCUGUGGGUCUUACAGACAGGUUCAUAAAUGGGAUUUGUGCCCCACCUCCCUACAGGCUGCACGUGUGUGCAAUGCACUUUGCUGCACGGGCCGUGCCGCUGCAGGGUGCCCCAUCCUGCACCAGCAAAGGGUUAAGCAGGAGGAAUUGCAGCUCUGUCAUCAUCAGGGGCAGUGGAACUGGAAAGGUGAGGCAGGAAGGGAACGCCCGGGCGAGGCCAACGCUGCACUGCACUGCAUUACACUGCGCUGCACUGCAAGGAGCAGCACAUGGUGCCUGCAGCCCCGCACAGCCGGCACGGUUGUGAAGGAGCCCUGAGCCCGAGCUCACCCACGCCGAUGCCAUGGAGGGGGCUCUGCCCACGCUCCCCCCAGAGCUGACAACGCCGGGGCUGAAGAAAUCUCACCCCCCAGCUCCCCACGAAGCAGCCAACACUGCCGUCAUCGCAGUGGUCAUCACGCUGGUGUUCCUCACCCUGCUGACGGUGCUGGUGGUCAUCGUCAUCUACCUGUACAGAAACAAGGGCAGCUACCUCACCUACGAGCAGCCGGUGGCCGAGGAGGACGCGGCCGUGCAGAUGGAGGAUGACCCAUCCAAGGAGAAAGAGGAAUAUUUCAUAUAGGGUCCAUCUUCACGUCGCCUGAACCACCCGGAGUCUGAUCUCUGGCAGCUUUUCUUUUUCUUUUUCUCUGUAAUUUAUUAAUUAAGGCAGAGGAAGGUGAAGGCCAGGCAUGCUGCUGCCUGCCUGCAGCUCCGCACCCCAUCCCCUCCCUUGGGUGCCUUCAAUACAACCCAGUGACAAACGCUCCAAGAAUUGCUGUUGUUUUGCCUUAUCUCGCCACACAAUCGAGCGAUUCUGCUCUGGGUUUAGCAGCAGGGUCAUUAGCAUGGCCGGCUCAUUAGCAUGGCUGAUUGGGAGGCGAA